AUGAUGAAAGAGCUUUGUUAUCGUUGUUCGAAACCAGUUUAUCCAACUGAUAAAGUUGGUCCUCUUAAAGAUUUAACGUAUUUUCAUCACGGAUGCUUCAAAUGUUAUAUAUGUGGUACAAGACUCGUUCUCAAAACCUACUGUAAUAAUCGGAAUAAUACUGAUGAUCGGGAAAUCUAUUGUAAUAGCCAUGUGCCAGUCGGUGGUCCGCAUGAUCCAUUGCCCGCAAGAAAUGGUCAGAGUAAUGGUCAUAAAAAUGGAUUUAGACGAGAUGCAGGACUGAACGAUUUGAAAAUUGCACAUGCAAUCAAAGCAACACAAGUCUCAAAGCCAUAUCCUAAAAUUAAACACGAAGGAGCGAAAUAUGUUGUUGACUAUGAUGCCCAAACUCGGCUCGAAUUAGUCCAUCGACGUGAUGAAGAUAAAUUAUACGAGGCUUUUGAUGAAAAUAAGAAACGUGAAUACGAUAGAUUUGAACGAGAAACAAAGGAGGAAUGGGAAAAGGCUUUGGCAGAUUUUGCCCGAAAAUAUGAAACUGGUCAGGUGGGUAAUAAAAAUAAGGAAGAAUUAAUAAGGCAUUUAACGAUAAAACGUGACAAGAAACUGGAAACUCUUCAUCAGCAAAGAAGAGAACGAGAACGAAUACAAACCGCGGAAUUGGUCGAUCGACAAGCAAAAGAAAUGCUCGAACUUUUCAAACAAGCUCGAGAAUAUGAUAUGAUGGAUUCAAAUAAUUCAAAUCCUCCAUCAUAUCCAACAACUCCUCCACCACCAACACCACCAUUAUGCAGAAAACGGGAUAUUUAUACAAACACAUCAGUAUUCGAAAAUAUUGAUGAAAUUGCGAUAACAAUGGCUCAGUCAGAAGUUACCACAUUCACUGAACUUAUUCGUACAUUAACAAUGAAUGCACGUUCAGAUAUUGAGAAAGCUAGAGCUAUUUAUCGAUGGAUUACUGUAAAAAAUUUAAACGUCAUGCAAUUCGAUAAUCACUUGGACAGCAAUACUCCUAUGGGUCUAUUAAGGGGCAUCAAGCAUGGCACCGAAAGUUAUCAUGUGUUAUUUAAACGACUGUGCAGUUAUGCGGGUCUCCACUGUGUUGUAAUAAAAGGGUACAGCAAAUCUGCUGGUUAUCAACCAGGAUAUCGUUUUGAUGAUAAUCGUUUCCGCAAUACUUGGAAUGCAGUUUAUUUGAGUGGAUCAUGGCGAUUUGUACAAUGUAAUUGGGGUGCUCGCCAUCUGGUCAAUGCUAAGGAGGUAUCAUCCAGAGGAAGCGGAUAUAAAGAAGACACAUUACGAUACGAGUAUGAUGAUCAUUAUUUUAUGACCGAUCCUGAGGAAUUUAUCUAUGAAUUUUUUCCUCAAGAUUCUGAGUGGCAAUUACUACAACGUCCUAUAUCACUUCGCCAAUUUGAAUGCCUUCCAUUUGUUCGUUCUUUAUUUUUUCGCUACGGUCUAAGCUUUACUGAUUCACAUCUACAAGCAGUCGUUCAGGCUGAUCGUUCAGGUGCUGCUACUAUCUCCAUAAAAAUGUGCAGCGAAGCUUUGGAUUCCCUUAUAUUUCACUAUAAUUUGAAAUUUUAUGACGGUGAUGAAGCAGAUACAAAUGGCCAUAAUCUAAAACGAUUUGUCAUGCAAUCAGUGGUGGCUACUUCAGCGAUAUUUCGAGUACACUGCCCUUCAACUAGGCCAUUAUUAUUAGAUAUUUUUGCGAAUUCGGUCUCACCGGGCCAUUAUUUGACCGGACAACCUAUCAAAUUUAAGAGUGUUUGCAAAUUUAAGGUGGUUUGCGAACAAUUGAAUGUAAUAAUGGUUCCACUGCCUGAAUGUGCCAGUGGUGAAUGGGGCCCAGCUAAAGCAUAUCGGUUAUUUGGCUUAAUACCUAUAACUCACGAAGAUGCUAUAAUCAACAGUUCGCAAUUUCUCGACAUUCGAUUUAAAAUGACAAAAGCACUUGUGGAAUUUGUCGUUUCACUGCAUAAAAAUCGUAAAGAUGAUAAACAUUUACAAAAAUAUUGCCACACUUCGAUUCGAGGCGACAUUGUAACGAUUCAAAUCGAUUUCCAAGAUGACGGGCAGUAUGGUCUUGAUAUCUACACAAGGGAAAGUUCAUCACAACCAACAAUUGGAGGAAAACAAUUACUUACUCACUGUUGUAAAUAUCUAAUCAAUACUCGUAUAUAA